GUGCUGGGCUUUAGCUCUGUCAGUAACACAUGUCAGAGUAGAGAGAGCAUAGACUCGCAGGCAGAAGCAAGCCUGGCCUCCCACGUUAUUCCGCCUUGCCAUCUGCACUAGGGUAUUUUAUUUUUUUGCCAUUUUUUUUUUUACUAUUAUCUAUUUUCUUUCUUUAUUUUACUUCUUCCACUCUUGGUUUUUGUUUUGGGUUUUUUUUUUUUUUUUUACCUUCAUUUUACAGCAAUUAAAGAUCAUCAUUGCCCCUAGCCUAGAUUGCCCUGCUAGCCCCCCAAUCUUCAUCCCACAGGUCUGCCUGCUAAGGGAAGGUAUCAAGGAGUUGCUACAAUCUGAAUCAAACUUGCUGCAGCAGUGGUGCUGUGUGUAGCAGGGUGAAGCAGAGGGAGGGUCUGCUCCUGUGGAACUGGCUGUAUCUGGGAUCCCACAGCAACUGUCUGCAGUAAGGAGAGCUACAGGACCUUUGAAUUACACAUUAAACACAGAGCCACAGGCUUUUCUCAUCAGCUUUAGAUCAGCAAAGACCAUGGUGAAUCCAGGUAGUAGUGCCCAGCCUCCUCCACCUGUCACUGCCAGUACCCUUUCCUGGAAAAGAUGUGCUGGAUGCGGGGGCAAGAUAGCAGACCGGUUCUUGCUGUAUGCCAUGGACAGCUACUGGCACAGCAGAUGUCUAAAAUGUUCCUGCUGUCAGGCUCAACUUGGGGAAAUUGGGACUUCCUGUUACACCAAGAGUGGGAUGAUUCUCUGCAGAAAUGACUACAUCAGGUUAUUUGGAAACAGCGGCGCUUGUAGUGCUUGUGGUCAGUCGAUUCCAGCCAGUGAACUUGUCAUGAGAGCACAAGGCAAUGUCUAUCAUCUUAAGUGUUUCACAUGCUCUACUUGUCGGAAUCGCCUUGUCCCCGGAGACCGGUUUCACUACAUCAAUGGCAGUUUAUUCUGUGAACAUGAUAGACCUACAGCUCUCAUCAAUGGUCAUUUGAAUUCACUCCAGAGCAAUCCACUACUGCCAGACCAGAAGGUCUGUUAAAAGGUCAGAGUAAUAUAGAAUGCGUGCCUUCAUCUCAAAUUCUGUUCAUCGCAGAUGGAUCCCAUGUCUCCAGUAUACAAGUCACCUUGUAGCUAGCAUCAGUGCCAGCUUCAUGCCAUUGCACCUUCUCUGUUCUUGAUUGCCCCUCACAUGUAUUGGUGUAUGAAGAUGAACAUUAAAGGACUUCAUGAACCUUGGGCUAACGGGAGACACUUGGGGGGGAAAAACAACACAUUGAGAGCUUCACCAGAGGACUACUUUGGGAGGGGAAAAUGACUAAUGAAGCUAACUUUGCAAGAAGCGUUCAAAACGGCUUUCUUACCCUCAUUACCAAUUAACAGGGCACUGGCCAGAGUUUGCACCCUGUGUUUUGACAACAUUCUGUUUUGCUCUUUGUAUAUUUAAGUGUUGUAAGGAAGUAUGUUCCAAUCAAGCUGAACAUAAACUAAAGGAAAGUUGUAGCUUUUGUGGUACUCUAUCACAAACCCUUUUAUUGUAUCUCUGUAAAAUACAAUGUACGUAUGCAUGUACGUGUUUAUUUUUAUUUUUUCCUACUUUUUAUCUUUAUUUUUCUCUUUAUUUUGGUUUUAUGUUGCUACUUCCUAUGGCAAGAAAGAAGGGAAGAGGCAGGAGAGAAUCUGCUAUUGUGUAGAAAUUUUCACCUACUUGCUGGUUGAAGAAAAAUCUUUUAUUUGUGAUAUUUUCAGAGACAUUUGCUCUAGUAUGGUGUAUUUAAAUAAUAAAAUAUUAAAAUGCUAUCGUUUAAA